AUGACACUGCCCCUCCUGCUCUGGGCCGUGCUGCUGCUGCUCGACACAGUCCCCGGGCCGGGCCCCCGGCCUGCAGCAGGUGCCAGGGGGAGCUGCUCCCACCGCUGUGGAGACCAGGAUGGGCUGUGCUCCUGCCACCCGACCUGCUCCGGCCUGAACUCCUGCUGCUUGGACUUUCGGGACUUCUGCCUAGAAGUCUCACCCUACUCGGGCUCCAUGAUGGGCGGCAAGGACUUCGUAGUGCAGCACCUCAGCUGGUUCAAGCCCACCGAUGGUGUGAUCUGCAGGUUUAAGGAGAGCAUCCAGACCCUCGGGCAUGUGGACUCCUCUGGACGUGUGCACUGUGUGUCCCCCUUGCUCUAUGAGACGGGCCGCAUCCCCUUCACACUCUCCAUGGACAAUGGUCGCUCCUUUCCGCGCUCGGGGACCUGGCUAGCCGUGCACCCCAGCAAGGUGUCGGAGACAGAGAAGAGCGAGCUGGUGAACGAGACCCACUGGCAGUACUAUGGCACCGCCGGCGUCACGGGAAACCUCACCGUGACCUGGAAGCCCUCGGCUCUGUCCACGCAGUCUGUCACCAUCGAGCUCUGGGGUUAUGAGGAGACAGGGAAGCCCUAUUCAGAUAAGUGGGCAGCAAAGUGGUCGUACCUGUACCCCCUGGCCACAAGCAUCCCCAACUCUGGCUUCUUCACCUUCACUCCGAAACCUGCACCUCCGACCUACCAGAAAUGGGAAGUGGGUGCACUUCGGAUCAUCAACAGCAAAUACUACGCAGGGGAGAAGGACGUGCAGGCGCUCUGGAGCAGCGAGCACGCGCUGGCCUGGCACCUGGGUGAGGACUUCCGGGCGGACCCCGAGGCCUGGGCCCGGGCCCAGUGCCUGGCCUGGGAAGAGCUGGAGGACCAACUGCCCAACUUCCUGCAGGAGCUGCCUGACUGCCCCUGCACCCUGGCUCAGGCCCGGGCUGACUCGGGCCGCUUCCACACGGACUAUGGCUGUGACAUUGAGCGCGGCAGCGUGUGCACCUACCACCCCGGGGCGGUGCACUGUGUGCGCUCCGUGCAAGCCAGCCCCCAGUACGCCUCCGGCCAGCAGUGCUGCUACACAGAGGCCGGCACCCUGCUCCUGACGGCCGACUCAACCGGGGGCAGCACCCCGGACCGCGGCCACGACUGGGGCGCGCCCCCGUUCCGCACACCGCCCCGCGUGCCUGGCCUCUCCCAUUGGCUCUAUGAUGUCGUCAGCUUCUACCACUGCUGCCUCUGGGCGCCCGAGUGCUCCCGGUACAUGCGGCGGCGGCCCUCCAGUGACUGUCGCAACUACCGGCCGUCGCGCCUAGCCUCCGCUUUCGGGGACCCACACUUUGUCACCUUCGACGGUGCCAACUUCUCGUUCAACGGGCGUGGCGAGUACGUGCUGCUGGAGGCCACGCUGACCAACUUGAGGGUGCAGGGGCGGGCCCAGCCCCGGACGACUUCGGAGGGCCCGCAGGACCGGGGCACGGGGCUGGUGGCCGUGGCUGUGCAGGAGGGCAACUCCGACGUGGUGGAGGUCCGGCUGGCUGGCGAGGGGCGGGUCCUGCAGGUGCUGCUGAACCAGGAGGUGCUCAGAUUCACCGAGCAGAGCUGGAUGGACCUGAAGGGUAUGUUCCUGUCCGUAGCUGCCCAGGACAGCGUAUCCAUCAUGCUGUCAUCAGGUGCUGGCCUGGAGGUCAGCAUCCAGGGUCCAUUCCUGAGUGUGACUGUCCUCCUGCCUGAGAAGUUCCUUAACCACACACAAGGCCUUCUCGGGACACUGAAUGAUGACCCCACCGAUGACUUCACCCUGCGCAACGGGAAGGUCUUGCCCCACAAGGCCACUUCCCGCGAGCUCUUCCACUUUGGGGCCGACUGGGCCGUGGAGAACGCCUCAUCUCUGCUCACCUAUGACUCCUGGUUCCUGGUCAACAACUUCCUGUAUCAGUCCAAGCAUGACUACAGCUUUCAGCCCCUGUUCCCCGAGGAGACCGUCCCCGACCCCAGUCAGGCCACUGAGGCAGCUGAAUUGUGUGGAGACAACGAUUUCUGCAUGUUCGACGUGAUGGCCACUGGGAACCUGAGUGUGGGCAAUGCUACGCGGAUGGCCCACCAGUGGCACCAGCAUCGCGUGCAGAGCCUGCAGCCUGUGACGUCCUGCGGCUGGCUGGCUCCGCCCCCCAAUGGGCACAAGGAGGGUAUCAGGUACCUGUCGGGCUCCACCGUCUCCUUCCACUGCGACAGCGGCUACAGCCUGUUUGGGGCGGAGGCCAGCACCUGCCAGGCUGAUGGCACCUGGUCCAGGCCCACCCCCAUGUGCCAGCCAGCGCGGAGCUACACGGUGCUGCUGAGCAUCAUCUUCGGAGGCCUGGCAGUGGUGGCUCUGGUCGCUCUCAUCUAUGUGCUGCUGCGUCACAGGAAGCGCAACGUGUAA